GGGGAGAGGGGGGGAGAAAAAAAGCGGAGGAGAGGGCGGGAUUGAAUUGAGAGCCUAAAGAGUGUCAAACAUGUCAAUAUUCACUCCUACUAACCAGAUCAGGUUAACUAAUGUCGCCGUCGUGCGGAUGAAGAAAGGAGGGAAGAGGUUUGAAAUAGCCUGCUACAAGAACAAAGUGAUGAGCUGGAGAUCUGGCGCGGAGAAGGAUCUUGAUGAAGUCCUGCAAACAAACACAGUGUUUGUCAAUGUGUCUAAGGGUCAAGUGGCGAAAAAAAACGACCUGUCGAGCGCUUUCGGCACAGAAGACCUGACAGAAAUAUGCAAACAGAUCUUAGCUAAAGGAGAGCUGCAGGUGUCAGAUAGAGAGCGGCAGAGUCAGCUGGAGCAGAUGUUUCGUGACAUCGCAACUAUUGUGGCGGAAAAAUGUGUGAACCCCGAGACCAAGCGGCCCUAUACAGUGAGCCUGAUCGAGAGGGCCAUGAAGGACAUUCACUUCUCUGUGAAGGCCAACAAAAGCACUAAGCAGCAGGCUCUGGAGGUCAUCAAGCAGCUGCAGCAGUCCAUUCAGAUUCAGAGAGCUCACAUGCGGCUGCGCUUCGUGCUGCCGGCCAGAGACGGGAAGAGACUGAAGGAGAAGCUCAGGCCGCUGAUAAAGACGGUAGAGAACGAGGACUUCGACGAGCAGCUGGAGAUGGUGUGUCUGAUCGAUCCGGGCUGUUUCCGUGACAUCGAUGAGCUGAUCCGCUGUGAGACGAAAGGGAAGGGGACGCUGGAGGUGCUCAGUCUCAAAGACGUGGAGGAAGGAGACGAGAAACUAGAAUAAGCUCCUCAUCUAACCAACACAUUAAACUGCUGCAGACUCGUUUCAUAUGAAGAGCCUUUUUUGAUGAGUUACAUUCAGGAACAAUACUAAAU